AUGGGUGCGGCCCGCAGGCAUCUGGAGGGCGUAGGCCUAAGUCAGAGUGAUCAGGACGAUCAGGCCUUGAAGAUGGCCUACAAGCGCAAAGUAGAAGUGGUUCCAGCUGAAGAGAGUGAUCAACUUGUCAUUCGACCACUUGGAGCUGGGCAAGAAGUGGGUCGCUCAUGCAUUAUGCUGGAGUUCAAGGGCAAGAAAAUCAUGCUUGAUUGUGGAAUUCAUCCGGGACUGUUGGGAAUGGAUGCCUUACCCUUUGUUGAUCUCAUUGAUGCUGAUCAAAUCGACCUUCUUCUUAUAAGCCACUUUCACUUGGAUCACUGUGGUGCCCUGCCCUGGUUUCUCCAGAAGUCACCUUUCAAGGGUCGUUGUUUCAUGACCCAUGCCUCCAAAGCCAUCUACAGGUGGCUAAUAUCAGAUUACAUCAAAGUCAGUAACAUAGCAACAGAGCAGAUGCUGUACACAGAAGCAGACUUAGAGUCCAGCAUGGAGAAGAUAGAGACAGUGAACUUCCAUGAAGAGAAAGAGGUGAAUGGGAUCCGCUUCUGGUGCUACCAUGCUGGUCAUGUCUUGGGGGCAGCUAUGUUCAUGAUUGAGAUUGCUGGUGUCAAGGUUCUCUACACAGGGGACUUUUCAAGGGAAGAGGACCGACAUCUCAUGUGUGCUGAGGUUCCCAGCAUCAAGCCUGAUGUCCUUAUCAGUGAAUCCACAUAUGGGACCCAUAUCCAUGAAAAGAGAGAGGAAAGAGAGCAGCGAUUCACAACCCUUGUUCAUGAUAUUGUGACCAGAGGUGGGAGAUGCCUUAUCCCUGUUUUCGCCCUGGGUCGGGCACAAGAACUUCUCCUCAUUUUGGAUGAGUACUGGGGCAAUCAUCCUGAACUCCAUGAUAUUCCCAUCUACUAUGCCUCAUCCCUGGCCAAGAAGUGCAUGGCUGUGUAUCAGACUUACAUUAAUGCCAUGAAUGACAAGAUCAAGCGACAGAUUGCUGUCUCCAACCCUUUCAUCUUCAAGCACAUUUCCAACCUCAAGGGGAUCGAUCACUUUGAUGACAUUGGCCCCUGUGUGAUCAUGGCAUCUCCUGGCAUGAUGCAGAGUGGCCUCUCUCGUGAACUCUUUGAGAUGUGGUGUACUGAUCCCAAGAAUGGGGUCAUCAUUGCAGGCUAUUGUGUGGAGGGAACCCUGGCAAAGCAUGUGCUGAAUGAACCAGAAGAGAUCACAACAAUGAGUGGCCAGAAACUGCCUCUCAAGAUGUCAGUUGAUUAUAUCUCAUUCUCAGCACAUGCUGACUACAAGCAGAUCUCUGAAUUCAUCCGAGCCAUGAAACCACCUGAAUUGGUGCUUGUGCAUGGAGAGCAGAAUGAGAUGAACCGGUUGAAGCAGGCCAUUGUCAGAGAAUAUGAGCAUGAUUCAAAUACCCACAUCAAUGUCUACAAUCCGCGCAAUACUCAGGCUGUGGAACUUCAGUUUCAAGGAGAGAAAAUGGCUAAAGUUAUGGGGAGUUUGGCAAUUCACCCUCCAAGUGAAGGACAUGUGCUGUCAGGUGUAUUGGUGAAGCGAAACUUCAACUACCAUAUUCUUGCUCCUUCAGAACUAGCAAAGUAUACGGACAUGACGAUCAGUGUGGUGACACAGAGCCAGUCAAUGUACUUCUCAGGCUCCUUCCAGUUUGUCCAUUGUCUCUUGAGUCAUCUGGCUGGAGAAGGAUGCAAGCUCGUGGAAGAAUCAUCCAAAAAGCAAAUGCUCAGACUCUUUGAUCAGGUCAACGUCUCAUUUGAGAAUCAUGUCGUCACUCUAGAAUGGAACUCGAGUCCAGUUGCAGACAUGUAUGCAGAUGCAAUAUCUGUGGUUCUCAUGCAAGGUGAAACCAUGGAAGUCAAGCCUAAGUAUCUGCCUCCUAUUACCAAGCCAGAUAGGAUGCACUUCAAGGAAUGCUUGAUUGAAACCCUCCAAGAGAUGUUUGGAGAAGAAGCAGUUCCAAAGGUGUUCAGAGGAGAGAAGCUGUAUGUUAGUGUUGAUGGGAAGAAAGCCAAUAUUGACCUUCUCAAAAUGCAAGUGACCUGUGAGGAGGAUGAGAUGUUUCAGCGAAUUGUUCAGACUGCAGUCUCCAAGCUUCAUCAGUCCCUCAUGCCUGCUACCAAGUGACACACCAACUUUUGAUCUAUGAUGGUUGUCAAGACAAGGAGUACAAAUUCCUCAUUACAGUGAAAUCAAAUGAUGGGAAUAAAGUUUGAUCUGGAUAUUUCAAUGGGAAUGAUGUCAGUGAUGGUAGAGACACUUAUCUUUCAUGUAUGUCAGCACCCAAGUAAGGAGUCAAAGUGGUCAGUGGUAUUUUUGCUUAACUGAGACAAGUUUUUCAUGAUAAGG